UUUUUCGGAGUGUUUAAAGUUGCAAAAACAGACAUUGGUUUAGAACAUUAUGCAGAAAAACAGCACUUUAAAACCAUAUUUCCUAAAUGGUUUAAGAUGCCCUUUAACACUUGUAUCAAUAUAGGCUAUAUUUUAGUGGGUGCCUAUUGGUGUGCUAUCACCACUUUAAGUAUGGAGAAUAAACUAAUAAGUGUAGUGGAAUCAUAUUUGUUUUACAUUUUCAAUAUAUCAGCAGCGUAUUAUGGAGCUGUUCAGACCUUGAGAAUUUUAACACAGAGACAUGAGUUUGCAGUUUUAGAUCAAUGGCUCACCUUGCCAUUCUUUAUGAUGGUAUUUAUAUGGGGACUGUAUUUGAAAUAUGGUUGGAGCCCAUGGCGUGCUGCAAUACUUAUGACACUUUCUUUGACCAGUUACUGUUUAACGCUCUUGACUCCCUAUGGUUUUGAGAUUGUGUUAGGAUGCCACAUAUUGUGGGCUGUUACUGGUGGUGUUCUUGCUUAUCAGCGAUAUCCUUCCUCUCAUUCCCAACUCAAUUUUAUUUUAGCCUGUUUAUUCUGUAUAGGGUUUGUAAUACUGAAAUUAUUGGACCUGCAUCUAGUCCAAUAUCAUACAGUAUUUACCAUACUUUCUGGACAUUUUUUAUCCAAAAUUUGUGAUAUAUUACAGAUAUAUUAU